AAAUGAAGGCUUUCCGCUAUUAAGUUACUCUCAAUAUAAGCAAAGUAGAGCUCUCUGUUAAAUUCCCCUGUACUUUAUAGGUGAUGUGGAAAAGAGGGCUCAAUAAAUGUUUGACUAGGACCAAAGAAAAAACUAAAAAUAUUUUCAUUGUUAAUGAGGUACUUACAUUAGAUUUCAAUGUUGGUGAAAAUACUUAAAAAAAGACUCAUCUAAUAGCUCUUUUAAAUGUUGAUGGAUAAUCGAAAUUAGCUGGAGUUGUUAAUUUUAAUAUUAAUGAAACUAUGCCUAUUGAAGGAUAAUGUGCAUUAAAUUUAGAAAGAAGUCCAGAUCCAAAUGCAAAAAUCUAUUUUACUUAUUAAGUUGUAAAUCUUGGAGAAACUGAUCUAAGUGAAAGUCGUGCCAGUGAAUCAUUUCACUAAAAAACUCUUGCAGAUUCAUUUGGUUUUGAUAAAGAAAAUUUAAAUCAACGAAUACUUAGUUAAAAGAAAUCUUCCACUUAAUAAAUUUCUAAUUAUGAAGUUCUAUUAACUAAAGAAUUAUAUGAAAAGAGUCUUAAAGAUCUUGAUUAAUAAAAGAUUAAAAAUACUUAACUACAAGAUUAAGUUAAACAAUUAUCAAAUGAAAAAUCAACUUAUAAUGAAGAAGUUAAAAAGUUAAAAAAUGAAAUUAUAUAACUAUAAAAUGAAAAUGAAUAUUUGGAAGAAUAAUUUGAAUCAUCAAAAUAAGAAAUAAUUAAAUUAAAAGAAAAUGCACAUUAAAUAAAUUAAUGUCAAAUUUAAAUUGAAAAACUGAAUCAUGAAAUUGAAAAUUAUAAAAUUCAAAAUACUAUUUUAGAAAAUAAAUAUUAAUAAACAUUCAAAAAGGCUAAAUAAUUAGAAGAAAAAGUUGAAUUUUCACAUUUUAAUAAAAUUGAAAGAUCAACUAAUACUUAAUUUCUUGAAAUUCCAGAAUAUGUUUAAUAAAAUACUACAAUUUCACAAUUAGAUGAAUAAGUAAAAGAAUAUAAAAUAAAAAAUGAUAAAUUAACAUAUGAUUUAUAAUUUACAAAUAAUAAGUUAAAAACUUUGGAAUAAGAAUUAUCUUAAUGUAAAUGUUAAAUAAUACAAUAUUAAACUUAAUAAAGUCAGUUAAAAGAAUAAUGUAAUAGAUUUGAAAUUGAAAAUACAAAAUUAAAGAUGUUGAUUAAAUAAUUGGAAUAAGAUUAAAAUAAUAAAGAUAAAGUAUAAAAUAAAAGCUAGAUUGAUUAUUAAAAAUAAAUAGAUUAAUUAAAAGAUCAACUUUAAUAGAAUAUAGAGAAGGUAAUAUAUAAUAUAUUAUUUUAUAUAUAGUUAGAAUAAGUCAAUGAUAAGUAUCGAUAAGCUAAGGAGAGAAUUCAAAAAUAAAAUGAUAUAAUUGAAUAAUAGAAUGAUGAACUCACCAUGUAAAAUAUGACAUUUCUUAAAGAGCUAUAAUUAAUUGCAAAAAGGUAGGAAUAAUUUGGGAUUGUUUGA